ACGUUGUUUUUAAAGUGUUUUGAAGGUUAUGUUAGAUGUCAAUUCACAAAGUGGUGUUGAAUCAAUUAAAUAAGAUAUUUAAAAGAUAUAAUGGGUAAAAAGAAUAAGGGAACAAAUUUGGGACGAUCUUUAAUAAAAGAUCGUUUCGCACCUACCAAAAGAAGAGAUGUUGACUCAUUUUUGCACACAGCUGACAUAAAUGACGGAUACGAUUGGGGUCGAUUAAAUCUUCAAUCUGUAACUGAAGAGAGUUCAUUUCAAGAAUUUCUCUCAACAGCUGAACUCGCGGGAACUGAAUUUCAAGCUGAGAAAUUGAAUAUUAAAUUUGUUAAUCCAAAAAGUGGUGUUGGCCUUCUCUCCAAGGCGGAACAAGAAAAAGUCUUAGAAUCACACAAAAAGAAUAGGACACUAUUGAAAAUACCAAGGCGACCAAAAUGGGAUAAAUCGACAACAGCUCAGGAAUUACAGGAGAAAGAAAAAGAAGAAUUUCUCGAAUGGAGACGUGGUUUGGUUAGUCUACAAGAAAAUGAAGAAUUAAUACUCACGCCAUAUGAGAAAAAUCUUGAAUUUUGGAGGCAACUUUGGCGUGUUAUUGAACGAAGCGAUGUUGUCGUUCAAAUUGUCGAUGCACGUAAUCCCCUUCUUUUUCGAUGUGAAGAUCUUGAAAAAUAUGUUCACGAAGUUGAUAGCGAAAAGAGGAAUAUCAUUUUAAUUAAUAAAGCCGAUUUUCUCACUGAAAAACAAAGACAAAUAUGGGCAAAUUAUUUCUUUGAAAUUGGUAUUCACGUUGCUUUUUUCUCAGCUACACUUGCGGCGGAAAAAUUAACAAUUAAAGAAGAAUCCGAAGAAGAGGAGGAAGACGAAGACGAAGAGGAAGAAGAUGAUAGUGAAAGUGAAGAGGGAAAUGAAAGUGAAGAUGAAAAUGAAUCCGAAUAUUUGUCAGACUUUGGUUCUGAAUCAUUUUACGAAAGUGCUGAUGAUGGUUUAAAAAUUGAAACCGAAUCACAACCAGAAAUUGAUAAUCUUGCAUUAAAUGAAGAUUUUCAAAAUUCGGCAGAAUUACUGAGUAGAGAUGAUCUUAUUUCGUUUUUCAAGACAAUUUAUAAAGGGAAACGUCACACUGAAGGUGUCACGACAAUUGGUCUAGUUGGCUAUCCAAACGUUGGUAAAAGUUCUACAAUUAAUGCAUUGUUAAUGAAUAAAAAAGUUUCCGUUUCAGCAACACCUGGUAAAACAAAACAUUAUCAGACACUAUUUUUGGAUAAAGAUUUGCUACUCUGCGAUUGUCCUGGACUCGUGAUGCCUAGUUUUGUUUGCACUAAAGCCGAGAUGAUAUUAAAUGGUAUUUUGCCAAUUGAUCAAAUGAGAGAUCACGUGCCAGCGGUGACAUUAUUAGGAGCUUUAAUUCCAAGACAUAUUAUUGAGGAUACUUACGGCAUUAUGAUUCCAUUGCCCAUUGAAGGAGAAGAUUCUGAUCGACCACCAACUGCUGAGGAAAUUCUCAAUUCUUACGGUUAUAAUCGUGGUUUUAUGACACAAAAUGGACAACCUGAUAAUCCACGUUCGGCACGUUAUGUUCUCAAAGAUUUUGUAAAUGGAAAAUUAUUAUAUUGUGUCGCUCCUCUUAAUCAAAUACAAAAUGAAUUUCACGAAUUUCCCGAAAGAAAGAGAAUAUUUCCGACAAAUAAACAAUUACCACAAGCGACUAUUCGUGCGACAAGAGGUAUUAAAACAACAACUGAAGAUAUCGAUAAAGUAUUUUUCCAAAAUAAAUCACAAGGUGUUCACGUUCGUGGUGUACAGAAAAUACUUAAUACAAAUUUAAUUGCAGGUGCUUCUUCAAUAAGCGACCUAGGUUCUGUUCAAAGUGUUGAGAAACCUUGGAAGAAAAUUAAUAAACAUUCUAAUAAAAAGAAACGCGAAAAGGCAAGAAGAUUGUACGCUCAUCUUGAUCAACAUUGAUGAAGAAUGUCAUAAAAAUUUUACAAUUGUGUUUAAACAUUUUUUUUAAUAGAUCGCAGUCCGUGGCUUCAAAAAAAAAUUUAAACAAAUUAUUAUUUUUUUUAUACAUGGAAGUGACAAUUGUUUUCUCGUAAAGAAAUUUUUCAUUAUUAUUAUUAUUAUUAUUAAAAACAGGAUUUUCUCUAUACUGCACAACAGUAAAGUUUUUAUACAUACAUAUAUAUAAUUAUUUAUAAAUUUGUCACAAUACCUAUAUAUAUGUACAUAUUGUAAUUAUUAAAAUUUGUAUAUUACAA